AUGUCUUCAACUUUGUUAGAAUCGGAGCAAGGGAGUGACUCCGCAAUAAAACCGGCUCUCGACAUAGCCGACCUCUUCCGCGAGCUGCAAGAAACAAAUCGGCUGUUGAGAGAGAUAGCAUCGCAAAAGGCGGUCGACCAAGACCCGACUCAGCCGAUCCUAUCGCGGGUUUCAAAAGCCAGUGAAUCAUCGCGUAACUCGGGCAAUUUUAUCCAGCCGGUGCACCAGGUCCGAGUGUUCCUCAGCUCGCCGGAUGUUCCCAGUCGAAGAGCAAACCCCAGCGGUCGACUGUUGGAGCUACAGUGGGAAUGGAGGCUCAGCUCGAGGAUCCAUGGACUGUCCUUGGCAGACGGUGAACUCGAGAACCUCCGUACCCAAUGGCUCGUCGAGUUCGAUCUCGAUCGAUUAACCGAGCGCGUUUCGAGGCACUCCGGAUGGAUCCUUGGCAAAGACACCCGCCGCAACGGCAUGCUCUGUGCAUGUCCCCUUGUUUAUGGCCCCGGCGAGGUGCUUGCACCGGCAAACUCCAUUCUCGAUGAGUGCCACAAGGCCAAAGCUCUCGUUAGCAAGAUGACAUACCCCGAACUCGUCAGCCCUGGCGCACUCUGGCACUUUACCACCCCCAUAUGGGCCAACGGAGUUCUUCCCCUGAGCCGCCUUGCACUCAUUGCCGCUGUAUGCCUGGUGAACCCGGAGGAGGAAUUCGAGACCGCGCACGACUUCUUGCACGUAUUUUGUGCUCCAUGGAAACCUCUACGUUUCCGGGGGACAGGCUUCAGCUUCAACGGCUGGACCGGCAGCAACGAGAUAUCGUACCAGCACACCAUCCGCUGCUUCUCCAACGUUAUGGUUGACGACCAAAGCGACUUUGCUCCCUACGUCCGUUGCCAUCGCGAGUCUGGCCAGUUCCCAGCCCUCCCGGGAGCGCCCAGUCCGUUGUUUACUGAACGCCGCAUGUCUAUACUGUGCCGCUGGUCUGAGCUGAGUGGCGAGCUCUCCUUCACCAUUGUGCUCCUUGGAGACUUUCAAUCACUGAAACAGGAAUCUCAGGCAUCCAAUGAUUUGUUUACAGAUUGGAAGGACCGCCACUUUACCGUAAAAGGCAAGAAUGCCGGCUACCACAUGCUGCAGUCUGCUGUUCACCGCAUGCUGAUGUCCUGGGAGAAAGAGUGGUCUCAGUGCCUGGAUAGGCUGGGGGAUACGGUUAACAUCAACCUUAACGAUAUCCUUAGCGAUGAAACUAGCAACCGCCUCAUGUUUGACACCUCAUACGCCCGGUCCCGCGUCUACUUCAAGACUCUGGAGAUUCUUCGUAUUUUUGGGGAUAUCAUACGAGAAACCGGCCGAGACCUGCAAGAGAUGGACCCUGAGCGCCUCCUCCAGGGCAGCUUUCUACGCGCCGGUUGGGACGUUCGGUACUUCCUCAGGGAAGAACCAGCCACGGACAAGGCGCUGUGGAAAAACUGGCGGAUCCUGUCCGAGUUUCAAAAAGGGGCCGAGGAACGGUUGAUACGGCGGAUCAAUGAGAAGACCGAGGAGAUUAAGAGUUUGAGGGACGGGUCAAUCUUCGGUACGCCACUAUUCGAGGCGGAAGAGCAGGCUGAGACAGUCCAGCGUUUCAAGACAUCAACCAUAAUCGUCUGCGUCAUCACCUACGUCCUCGCCUUCCUGCUCUUGUGGGUUGCCGACAAAUGGGACACCGCCGGGAUGGCUGUACCACGAGACCCGCCGAGUUUUGCCGCCUCGACGUGGAACAGACUCAAAGGUGGUAACCGGGAAGACACGCAGACAGCCCCCUCAGCCGCAUCACCAGCAACAAACCUCUCCUCACACCAGCGGACACCGAACGAGUAA